AUGGGUUACUUCAACAGUUUUCUCUUUGCAUACUUCCUCGGCGGACUUACCCUUCUUCCUCUGGUCCUGUCGCUGAUUCUUAUCUACUCCUAUUUCUUUCUUCCGUCAUCCUCCCCGCAGUCCGACCAUUCAAGCGCCUCCACCGUUCCCUCGAUCCGCCGCUCCAACGACGAUCAAUACAGUCUCAAAUCUGGAACCGAUGAGCUAGCGGAGAAGUUCUAUCGCACUCACGAUACUGAUGUUGCCGCGGGCUAUUUUGUCGUCUGUCGUGAAUACGUCCCAGGUGGUAUAAAUGGAAAACCUCCAGAGAGGACUACCCCCGCAGGGGAGGUCAUUGCCGCAGAAAGCCCAAGCGUGUAUCAAGCGAUGUAUAGGAGUCUUUUUGACCGAAAGCAAGCUCCGACAAUAGAGCCGACUAAAACGACUUCGAAGAAUGCAAAACGGGCGCGGAAUAUGUUUUACAUUGUACUUCGGCACGGCCAUCUCAUGCUAUACGAUGAUGCAAACCAGGUAGAAGUAAGAUAUGUGAUCUCUCUCAAUCAUCAUGAUGUUAGCAUCUACGGCGGAGAAGGGGAGAUACCGGAAGGCGAGCUUUGGCUGAAAAGGAAUGCCAUCAGCCUUUCAAGACGGCUCGAAUCUCUGGGAGACCUUGGAGGGCCGACUCCUCCAUUUUACUUCUUCUCCGAGAAUCUCUCCGAAAAAGAAGACUUCUACUUUGCUAUGCUUCAGAACCAAACCAAGAUGGGGAAGCCCCCGGACCGGCCGCCAACGCAUCAAGAUUUCGAUGUGAAACAUAUCGUUACACUAGUCCAGCGCCUACACUCCUCCGAGGAGCAGCUUCAAACGCGAUGGAUAAAUGCUGUAUUAGGCCGGAUGUUCCUUGCUUUGUACAAAACUCCAGAGAUGGAAGAAUUUGUCCGGACUAAGAUUGUCAAAAAAAUCUCUCGAGUCAACAAACCAAACUUUAUCAGCAAGAUUGGUCUCCGCAGUAUCAACAUGGGAAACGGCGCGCCCUUCAUUAUCAACCCGAGGCUCAAAGAUCUCACUGUCGACGGCAAUUGUUGCGUCGAAACCGACGUUCAGUACACAGGUAACUUUCGUGUGGAGAUCGCGGCUACUGUUCGCAUCGACCUGGGACAGCGCUUCAAGGCUAGAGAGGUCGACAUUGUUUUGGCGGUUGUACUGAAAGAGCUGAAGGGACACUUGCUGAUACGAUUCAAGCCGCCACCGAGCAAUCGAGCGUGGAUUGCGUUUGAAACGAUGCCCGAUAUGGUUAUGGAUAUUGAGCCCAUUGUUAGCUCAAAGCAAAUAACGUACGGGAUUAUCAUCCGCACAAUCGAGAGCAAAAUUCGAGAAAUGGUGGCAGAAAGCAUUGUACUACCGUUUUGGGAUGAUGUUCCUUUCCUGGAUACUUUGGCGCAGCGGUUCCGUGGCGGGAUCUGGCAUCAAGAAACAUCAGAGCCUGAUUCGACGGUCGAUAUUCCUGAUGAAUCCGGAGUCGGGUCUGAAGUGCUGGAAGGCUCCAAGGAAGACCCGAUCAACACAUUAAAGUCCAAGGAUGAUCGCACCAUGAGUGCUCCCGCUCUUGCCGAGUCCGCCACCAAUUCUGUGAAAUCGCGCAGGAAGUCAGGACUCUCCGGGAGCUUUGAUAAGAGUAUUGACAUGCCCUCACCAACUGGGAAAGUUAAUGGAUCUCCGCCACGGGCGAUUCGGUCCCGCACGUUUUCACAUACCGCUGAUCCCGUAUUGACUGCUGACCAUGGGCAAAUGGAUGGCAUCCUGUCCGAUUACAAAAACGAAGAGAAGAGCUAUGCAACUAGUGCUAUGAUCGAGAUAUCCAACCGCUCUCCCCCUGCUUCGCCGAAUAGAACGCCGAACCAUUCCCCGCCAACUGACGACCAGAGCAUUUUGGACGCCGUAUUUCAUAGUCGUGAAUCUUCGAUUGCCGAGUCAAACCAAGGCCUGGACGAACCGAGCCACGAGCUACCUAAGCGCCCAUCCUCUGCCCAGAUCAGUGAGACAUCGCUGAGUAUGAAAGGCGCAGCCAGCCGCUCGAGUACAUCCUUGAACAGCAACAAAACUCGGCGGUCUGCUACCUUAGAGAGCUCAAUUCGUUCAGUCCCUCCUCCUGUUUCCUCGGAUAAGAAGUCUCAAACCUCGCUCUCGCUGAAUACGGCAACGACUAUGGCUAAGAAAUGGGGGCUAACAAUGUUUGGAAGGGGAGAGUCUAAUGCAGGGCAGGGAGCAUCACGGCCUGCCGGCACACCUGAAGAACCAAUCGGGCGUGGGCAUCCGCUUCCCCCUCCAGGUACACCGUUACCCAGACCUGCAAAGGUCAACGUCAAGAAGAAUUCCGUCUCCAUACCAAAGCGCCUCGCUGGACGAGGUAUGGUUGUUGAAGGCGCUCAACCUGGAGCACAGGGCGACUCUGAAGUCAAGACACGACAAAGUCAGGUGAAGGAACAAGAUGGCACACUUUCUCAGCCGUCAGCAGUUCAUCGUCGGGACACUGGUCAGAGUAAGCUCUCAGGGCUCCCCGUAGCUAAUGGCCUUCUGUUGCGGGAAUUAGAAUGA